AUGGCUCAGCCAGCUCCGCUACCCCGUGUUGCUCCUUCGCCAACCGUGAGUCAGAAGAUCGAGACCCCAGCGCCGCGCGAGGUGCCGAAGCGGCGUCAUGCUGGCUCUCGUGUGUGGUCCGAGCUUCGUGGCGCCAUCAAGGCUGUUGGCAGGACAAGCCAGGCAGGUACAGCAAGCAUGUUCAUGCCUGUUCAUGUCCGCUAUCUUAACAAUAUAGGCUCUGAGAUCUCGACACCCGUGGAUCUUGCACCGACCAAUACAGAAGCGGUUCAAGACCACACCCUGGUGGGGGAGCCCUUGGUGCGCGCAAAGACAGAGCCGCGGAUCGGCUCAUCGUCUUCUCGAUCACAGGGGAACAAAGGAUCAACGACGCGGGAUUUCGUUCGAAAACUGAAGCAAAUCGGACUUCCGAGCAAUGGCACAGCUCUUGCACGUAUUCCGCCAGGAAGGCGCGGCAGCUCCGUUUACAUUCCUCCCAACGUGCAAUCAGCUACAAGCAGUGAACAAGGUAGCACGCCGUUGACAGAUCGGAGUGUCACUGAAGGCUACUCUACCGAAAAGACAUCCACCGACUCGCGGACUUCUGUCCUCACAAAUGGGAAGUCAAUGCGCCGACCUAAGCGCCGUCUCCCUUGGACUCAGUCUAGCCCUGACUUCUCCCUCUGCACCAUAGCUGAAUCUGGCACGGAGCGCUUUGAACCUACAAUCGCUACCGUGGAAAGGGCCGCUGCUGCCAAGGUAUAUCUUGAGGUGCGGCUUAACGAGAAGCUGUACCUCGCAGACUCUCGUGCCAGAAGAAUGCGGCACCUAGAGGCCCAGCUUUAUUACAGCCCUCACCUGAGGGAAGGGGAAAAGGACAUCGUACGGUCCGGUGUGCUUACGCAGGAAUCUUGCCACUUGAGAGAGCUGCGAGUGCUCGAAGCAAAGAGUGAGGCCGCCGCCAGGGGCACCAUAGACGCCUCGCCCUUUCUGGAUCACUACGAACCGGUCAGAGUGCUUGGCAAAGGCAGCUUCGGCGUGGUCAAGCUGGUCCGAGAAAAGAACCAAGACCAGUCUGCAGCUCAGCACAAGCAAGUGUACGCUAUGAAGAUCAUUCGCAAGUCAGAAAUGCUGCGGAAUAGCCAGGAGGGCCAUUUGCGCGCGGAGCGAGACUUCCUUGUGGCUUCUGAACACGCAGAAUGGGUUGUUACUCUGAUGUGCAGCUUCCAGGACGCUGCCAAUCUCUAUCUCGUGAUGGAGUACAUGCCUGGAGGCGACUUUCUCGGACUUCUAGUCCGCGAGAACAUCUUGGUCGAGAGCGUGGCUUGCUUUUACAUUGCCGAGAUGAUUCUGGCUGUGGAAGAGACGCAUCGGCUCAAAUUCAUUCACCGUGACAUUAAGCCAGACAAUUUUCUCAUCUCCGCCACGGGACACCUCAAGAUCUCCGACUUUGGAUUGGCUUUCGAUGGUCAUUGGUCUCACGAUCUGUCAUACUAUAACUAUCACCGAUACUCGCUCUGCAAGAAACUGAACUUGGACCUCGCAGGAGACGAGACAGAUCGCAAGGAACGUCGCGAUACACAGAAGCAGGUUGACAGGAAUCGCAUGUUCUAG